AUGAGCGAUCUGAAACGCAUCCUAAUAAAUUUCAAAAAUGUCAAUGAUUACAGUAUACAAUUUAAUCGAUGGUUUCUUAUAUCACUCGGUGUUUGGCCGCAAAGAAGCGCGAGCAAAAUAAAACAAAUUGUGGUGUCAAUGCAAAUCUUUAUUUUUUCAAUCGUGGUGGCAGUCAUUAUGAUACCAUGUACAUUAUACGUAUGCUUUGAAAAAAAAAAAUUUGGUAUUAGAAUAAAUGCUAUCGUUCCGUUGAUGCACAGAAUCAUGGGAUCUAUAAAUUACUGGCAAUUACUUACGCAUAACAAAGAUAUUCAACAUUGCAUACUACAUAUGGAGACAGAUUGGAAACUCGUUCGAAAAAUGGACGACCGCGAAGUUAUGUUGCGAUAUGCCAAAAUUGGCCGUUUCAUAACCAAAUUUUGCGCAAUAUUUAUGCAUAGUAGUGCGAUCUUUGCCAUCGCAGUCAAAGCAAUGAAAACUACGACUGUUAUUAUCGGUAAUGAAACUUUUAAGAUAUAUCCGAUGACAUGUCCACCACACAGCAAAAUCGUUGACAUAAGAUUCAGCCCUACGAACGAGAUUCUGCUGAGUGUGCAAUUGUUGUCGACACUUAUAGUGAGUUCCUCUACAGUAGCUAUAUGCAGUCUUGCCGCCGUUUUUGCAAUGCACGCCUGCGGUCAACUGAACGUAUUGCAUACAUGGCUAAAAGAACUUGCUGAGGAGAAGACAUAUCAUUUAGCAGAACAAAAACUUGCUGUUAUUGUGGAGCAUCACUGGAGAGUCCUCAGCUUUGUUGUACAAAUAGAGAAUAUUAUGCAUAAAGCUUGUUUAGGAGAAUUAAUGGGAUGCACGCUGAGUAUGUGUUUACUUGGAUAUUACUCUAUUUUGAAUUGGGCUAAUUUCGAUGCAGCAAAAAUAUUUGCAUGUAUAAGUUUUUAUAUAUCAUAUACGUUUAAUAUAUUUAUAUUUUGUUACAUCGGUGAAGUUCUCACGGAACAGUGCAAAAAUAUCGGGGAAAUAGCAUAUAUGACCAAUUGGUAUAAACUGCAUCACAAAACAGCACUUAAACUCACUUUGAUAUUCAUGCAAUCCAAUUAUGUCAUUAAGAUAACAGCAGGAAAAAUAUUUCGGUUAUCCAUAGCAACAUUUGGCGAUAUAAUAAAAACUUCCACAGCAUAUUUAAAUUUUUUGAGAACAAACAUGACUAACCAUUGUCCACCCUGGCAGUGCGCCAAGCUAAUUUACGAAGUGAACAUGAUGAAUUUGAAACAUGACUUGAAAAACGUUGAUUUCAAACACAUUAAUAAUUAUAGUCUGCAAAUUAAUCAAUGGUGCUUAAAACCGAUAGGUGCUUGGCCCAUAACAAACACGUCGAGUACAUUAGAGAAAAUUGCUGCGAUAGUACUAAUCAUCUUUUGUUCACUUACAAUAGCAAUCGUUACGGUGCCAUGUAUACUGUAUAUAAUAUUGGAGAAUCAGACUAUCAUAGCAAAGAUAGGCGCCUUUGGGCCAUUAUUUCAUAGGAUUAUGGGUUCGAUAAGCUAUUGGACGUUGCUCAAGCGCAGCCAUGAUAUUCACAAUUGCAUACAGCACAUGGAGAUGGAUUGGCAGCUUAUACAAAGAAUCGAAGAUCGUGAAACGAUGCUACAAUACGUUAAGUUCGGACGUUUUCUUGCCGGAAUUAGUGCGGCGAUCACGCAGGGCGGUCAGCUGCUCUUCGGCACCGCAAGAGCAAUAAAGACUACGACCAUCAUGGUCGGGAAUGAGACUUUUAAAACGCGUCCAAUGACAUGUCCGACAUACAGUAAGAUUCUCGAUACGAGAUUCAGUCCUAUAAACGAAAUCAUGCUGACUAUACAAUUCGUGUCGGCAUUUGUAGUAAGUUCCGCAAUAGUAAGUGUUUGCAGUCUCGCCGGAGUUUUCGCGAUGCAUGCCUGCGGCCAACUCAACGUAUUGUAUGCGUGGUUAAACGAACUUGUAAUUGAUUACGAAGAAAAGGGAAAUCAAUCAGUUGAGCAAAAAUUGGCUGCUAUUGUGGAGCAUCACUUGAGAGCAUUAAGUUUUAUAGCACGUGUGGAAAGUAUUAUGCAUAAAGUUUGUCUUGUAAUAUUGAUGGGCUGCACGCUAAAUAUGUGUUUACUUGGAUAUUACUCGAUUAUGAAUUGGGGUGCUUUCGAUGCAGCAAAAAUAUUGUCAUAUAUUACUUUAUAUACUUCAAUGGGAUUUAAUAUAUUUAUUUUUUGCUAUAUCGGCGAGAUUUUGACAGAGCAAUGUAAAAAUGUCGGGAACGUGGUAUACAUGAUUAAUUGGUAUCAAUUACCACACAGAACAGCUCUUUGUCUUAUUUUAAUAAUAAUGCGAUCAACUAACGUAAUCAAAAUAACUGCAGGAAAAUUAGUUCAUUUGUCUAUUGCAACUUUUGGCGAUGUAAUUAAAACUUCCAUGGCUUAUUUAAAUAUUUUACGAACAAUGACAUAA